CCACGUAUGACUUCGGGCGUUCUCUUCACUUCGCCAGGGCAUUCUUCCGUGAUGGCAGAAAGAAAUAGUAAGCAGCGAUGAAUUGACGAUGAUGAUCCCUGGGAUAAAGGACGAAGCAUAGUUCUUACUUCAGAGACAGAGCGAGGGAGAGAGAGAUAAACCGUCCCAUAAGGACGCUGCUGCGUUGUUGGCGCUGGUGCAUGCAAUUCAACUCUGUUUCGAAACUGAUCCAUCUCUGGGAGAUCUGGCGGGAUGAACAAGAGGCCGAGAACGAGCAUCGACAACGCAGCAGUCGAUGUCUGGCAGCGAGAAGUCGGCCAGCUAUCUGGCAGGAAUUUCGCUCAUCGCCUCGGCGGUGCUGAGGAUCUUGUCCUUCGACUUGAUUUACACAGGAAGCUGGAAAAGCACAAAGGAUGUGUGAACACUGUAGGCUUUAAUGGAGAUGGUGAUAUCUUGGUGUCAGGAUCUGAUGACAGGAGGGUUAUCCUCUGGGACUGGGAGACUGGGCAGACCAAGUUGUCCUUUCAUUCUGGUCAUGUUAACAAUGUUUUCCAAGCAAAAUUCAUGCCUCACUCAGAUGAUCGAAGCAUUGUGACUUGUGCGGCUGAUGGACAGGUGAGACAUGCGCAAAUUCUAGAACGUGGAGGAGUCAAAACUAAGAUACUAGCCAGGCAUCAAGGACGUGCUCACAAGUUGGCUAUUGAGCCUGGUAGCCCUCAUAUAUUCUAUACUUGCGGUGAAGAUGGAUUAGUACAGCAUUUUGAUGUGAGAACUGGGGCUGCAACGGAACUUUUUACCUGCCAGCCAAUUAAUGAUAGAAGGGAUUACAUGCCAGUCAUCCAUCUAAAUGCAAUUGCAAUUGAUCCAAGGAAUCCAAAUCUCUUUGUGGUUGCUGGGUCAGAUGAGUACACUCGACUUUAUGAUAUUCGCAAGUACAAAUGGGAUGGAUCCACUGAUUUUGGUCAACCUUCUAACUUCUUUUGCCCUCCGCGCUUGAGGGGUAAUGAGCAAGUUGGAAUAACAGGCUUGGCCUUUUCCGAACAGAGUGAGCUGCUUGUGUCCUACAAUGAUGAGUCCAUUUAUCUUUUUACACACAAUAUGGGCUUGGGGCCCAACCCAGUUCCUGGAUCCCCAGUUUCUAUGAACAGUGAUGCAAGUGAAAUAGGAGGUGAUCAUUGCUCUGCAGCAUCUCUAUCAAACAUGGAUAUGGAUGAGAAAAUGACUCCUCAAGUUUAUAAGGGGCAUAGAAAUUGUGAAACAGUGAAGGGUGUUAAUUUUUUUGGGCCGAAAUGUGAGUAUGUGGUGAGUGGGUCAGACUGUGGCCGGAUUUUCAUCUGGAGAAAGAAGGAUGGAAAGCUUAUUCGUGUCAUGGAAGCUGACAAGCAUGUUGUAAAUUGCAUUGAAUCUCAUCCUCAUACAAUGGCUCUUGCAAGCAGUGGAAUUGAUAAUGACAUUAAGUUAUGGACUCCAAAGGCCUUAGAGAAAGCUACUUUACCCAAAAACAUUGAGCAGAAGGUUCCUAUAUUUGAUGAAAUUCAUUGGUUUACAAUUGGUGAUGGUGGUGAUGAUGAUGAGGACGGCGAUGACAAUGAUGAUGAAGAAGAUGAUGACAAUGACGACUUUGAUGAAUACGAUGAUUUCUAUGAUGAUGUUUUUGAUGACGAUGACAACAGCAACGAUAAUGAUGAUGAUGUGCGUGACUCUGAUGAUGAUAUUGUAGAUAAUGUUGAUUUUGAUGGUGGUAAUGGUCAUGGUGAUGAUGACGUCAACAGUGGUGAUGGAGGUGGUGAUAAUUGUUAUGAUGAUGCUGAUGGUGUUAUCUGUGACAAUGGCAACAAUGAUAAUUUUGCUGGUGAUUGUAGUGAUGCUAUUGAUGAUAAUUUUGUGUGUCCAACAGAAACCGAAGGCAAGGGGCUGGAUGUACCGGAUAGGGUCUCCUCAUGAUCUGAUGUUGCAACUGCUUUCACUUCCAAGGCAGAGGACUAGCACAGAGCGUGAUGGAGAAAACUCAGCUGCUGGUCAACAGCUUCUAGAGUUGAUACUGACAUUUAAUGCUAACAGUGAUGGUUCUGAUGAUGAAGAUGGGGG